CGUAUUUUGUGUUUUUAUAAAUAGUUUUGGAACCGGAAUCAGAAUCGAAAUACCCGGUUCCAAUGACAGAUAGGCGGUUCAGAACCGAUUGUAAAAAUCUCAUCAAAUGCACAUCAGUAAUCCUUCCUAAAGCAAAGUGACCGAUUCCAUUCUCACAGCAGCUUCAAUGCGGAAUACAAACCUGUCAUGUGACCGAGCUAGCUCAUAAGAGCUUCAGUGACGUACUAAAAGGGUGCCUGCCGCCGUCAUUUGAGGCACAGCGUCGUUCCAAAGAGAAUAAAAACAACAGUCAGAAGUUGUAUUUAAUUUAUUUACAUUCUGUUGCGCAUCAGUUUGCAAGGCGUAGACGAUAAAAAACAGCUACUAAACAUAAUCCCGUAUGCUGCCAUGGACAGUGUGGAGAUGGAAUCUGUCCAGAUUAAAGAGGAGCUCCCUGAACUUGAACUUAUCCCCAUUAGAGUGGAGUUCUCUGGGCUGGCUUCCCUCCCCAUUAAACAGGAGCUCUGUGAGAUGCAAUGUGACAGCAGUCAGCCAGAGGUCUGUGAGAUUAAAGCUGAGCACAAUGAAUUGGAGAUCCCCCAGACAGAAGAACCCCUUCCUGUGAAACAAGAAGAGGUGCUGGAAACUGUCUGUAUUAAACAGGAGCCCCGUGAAGUAGAGUUUGACCACAUGGAACCAGUGACGGAAGAAUCAGAGGACUUCAAACCAAACAUCCCUGAGCUGGAGCCUGUACGCCUGCGAGAGUGUAGCGUGGUGCUGGAGAGAAUCUGCGUGAGAGAGCAAGGCGCUGGAGAGGAAGGCUCUCCCAACAGCAUGCAAGGAGGUGGAAAGGAAGACGGGCGCUCCCAUUCAGAAUGCAGUCUAGCAGGUUCCAGUCCAGCAGCUAAAGCGAGGGCGGGCGCUGGAGAAUAUCCUGACUGUGGGAAAGGUUUCACCCAGUUAGGAAACCUGAAAACAAACCAGCGAAUUCACACAGGAGAGAAACCGUAUCACUGCUUUGACUGUGGGAAGAGUUUCAGUGUGUUACAAAACCUUCAAACACACCAGCGAAUUCACACUGGAGUGAAACCGUAUCGCUGCUCUGACUGUGGGAAGAGUUUCAAUGUGUUACAAAACCUGAUAAGACACCAGCGAAUUCACACAGGAGAGAAACCAUAUCGCUGCUCUGACUGUGGCAAGAGUUUCAAUCAGUUAGGACACCUGAAAACACACCAGCGAAUUCACACAGGAGAGAAACCGUAUCACUGCUUUGACUGUGGGAAGAGUUUCAACAUCUUAGAAAAUCUUCAAACACACCAGCGAAUUCACACAGGAGAGAAACCAUAUCGCUGCUCUGACUGUGGCAAGAGUUUAAAUCAGUUAGGACACCUGAAAACACACCAGCGAAUUCACACUGGAGUGAAACCGUAUCGCUGCAUUGACUGUGGAAAGAGUUUCAGUCACACACAAUCCCUGAAAAGACACCAGCGAAUUCAUACAGGAGAGAAACCGUAUUGCUGCUCUGACUGUGGAAAGAGUUUCAAUGUGUUACAAAACCUGAAAACACACCAGCGAAUUCACACUGGAGAGAAACCGUAUUUGUGCUCUGACUGUGGAAAGAGUUUCAAUGUGUUACAAAACCUGAAAACACACCAGCGAAUUCAUACAGGAGAGAAACCCUAAGGACCAUGUUCAUUCAGAAAAAAACAUUACAUUAUGAGUUCCUGUGUAAUUAGUGUUUUGUGUAUCGCUCUUAAGAGCAUGCAUUUGAAAUGGUAAAAAUGCUCUUCAGCUCUCUUGCACUCUGAUUGUGUCACAAAGUGGGCAGAGACACGGACACGUCACAAGAGGCUUCUCUGCUGUCAGUUUAACUCAGGCUGUCAAUGCAGUCAGUGCCUGGGAGCGGGAAUAUGCAGAAAGGAAACUAUUCUGCACCUCAUCUGAUGGACGAGUCAGGAGAAAUUGAUAACUCAGUGUGGGCAAUGAGUUUCAGGGUUUAGCAUUUAAACUGCAUAGACUUGAAAAUAAAUACAUUGAUGGAACGAGUAUCCCGACCCCGGUAUGUAGCAUCCCAGAGACAAGACUGCACCGUCCUUACUGGACAACCGCCUGGAGGGUUUGUCUUGUAAAUUCAUCACGAUUCUAGAACUAAUGAAAAAUGAUAGUGUUGCAAUGAUUGAAUAUUUUGCAAUGUGCAUUGUCCAUGCUUUUAUUUUACCCUGCUUUUGUAAACUGCACCAUGUAAUACAAGUGUAGCACGCAUGUGUAUGGGUCAUAGGUACAGAAACUCAGACAGGUUCUACCCUGGCUUUUUCUUGCUCUUUUGCAGUGUUGGACCAUAAGAAUAUGAGCUUUGGCAGCCCUGAAUAAACAAGAUCGGGAAAUUACUAGCUGCUCAAAACAAAAGGAAGAUAAUACUAAAAGUGAGAGUUUGACUAUUUAAAUAAUCUAUAUUUAAAUUGUUAACAAAUGAGUCGUAUAUUAUUUAACAAUGUGUCCCGGUUUUGAGCUAUGGAAAUCGUGUCACCCAUAUUGCGAGUAUCACCUACCUGUGCUGCACACAAAGCAUGGACCGUACUGAAAACCUGUGGCUAACAGUAAUACAGCUGCAGGCAGAGGAUUUCUGUCACAGGUUUGAGUUGUAAUGGAAAUUGAAUCGGCCAGUGUGUCGCAUUGUCCACGCCUUGCGCAACAAAAUGUAAAUACAUUAAAUACAACUCUGCGGGGCUCGAUCGGGCUGUUUUUAUUUGAAACGACGCCGUGUCUUAAAUCACUGCACCGGGCACCCUUUUAGUACGUCACUGAAGCUCUUAUGAGCUACCUCGGUCACAUGACAAGUAUUAUGUAUUAUGAAUUGAAGCGAGGGUUAGUCUUGAAUGAGGCAGAUGUGUAAGUAUAUGCUGUAAACCCGUCUCUUUGUUAGGAGGGAGAACUCUUUCUGUUUCUUAGUGGGAGGGAGCAGUUCAGUCUCUGUGCCUCAAGCCUGCCCUGGACUGGAGGGAGCACCCUUUCUC